UCAAUUGUAAUUGAUAUUGAAACAACCCUAAAAAGAAUAAUAUCAUUUAACUAGAAUAUUUGGAAUAACUAUAAGAAGUUCUGAGUCCUUCAUAUUAGUUAUUUUGUGACGUACUGUUUGAUAAAGAGAUUGAAGAAAUUAUUAUUAGGUAAAUACACCAAUGUCUCAAAGAAGACCUUAUACUGACGGCUUACCAUCGAUUAAUGGGAAAUUGUUGUUAGAAUAUAAAAGAUAUCAACGACUCUCGAAAUCUCUUGGCUCUCGUUCAGUUCGAGAGAAAGUAGUUAGGGGAAAAAAACUCUCAAAGGAUCAAUCGGCAACAACCUUUGGUCAACCAUGUUCAUUUCAUAGGGAAUCACUGCACUUCUAUUGCCAUACGCAUAAAGAACCAGCAUGUAUAAUUUGUGCAACAACUAUGCAUAAAGUCUGUAACGUUGUAACAGUGACAGAAAAUGCCGUCAAAUCUCACCAAGCAUGCGUCAAUUUAGAAGACAUCCACCAAACAGUAGAAACUGUUUUAGACAAUAUCGAAAAAAUCAAAACAGACAGGGAAGAAAAUUUAACAAAGCUGUUGUUACAAAAAAACAAUAUUGAAAAGGAAAUGCACAGUAUGCGGAAGAAAAUGAAUGAACACUUAGAUCAUAUUGAAAAAGAAAUAAUUGGCCAACUGAAUGAUACGUACAGAAAGCACAAAAAUGAAACGGAUUAUUUGUUGAAAAAUAUAGACCACCGAAAACAAGGCAUAAAGGAACUCCAGAAUACUAUCAUAAAGGCCAAAACUAUUGAAACAGACGUCGAAGCGUUCUUGAUGGGAAAACGGAUCGAGCAAAAAAUCAGCGAGGAAGAAAAAUUCGUAGGCCAUUUCUAUAACGACGAAUCAAUAAAACAAACUGACUUUGAAUUCAGACUCAGUCCGGCUAUGAAUUCUUUUUUUGUUGACAUAAAAUCGUUUGGUGAUAUUUUCGUACGUAAAAGUCCUAGCAGGGUUAAUCUUACUCGUACCACUCACAAAGUAAAACCACCAGAAGCAGGAUUUCAACUUGCUCGACAUGUGAGCCACAUUAAAUUACGACUACACGAAAAAACAUACAAUGCGACUGGUAUACAAGACCUACUACCAUUGCCACACAUCUACGAUGGUUUACAGAGACAAAAGACGAUGUAGUUCAAAGAUAAUUAUCUGACAUUUAGUGUACUUUUUCUAUUGUUUUCAUGAGAAAAUUUGUUUUAGAAACCAAUGCAUUCGUUUUUAACACUUUAUUUUUAAUCAACUCGUAAAUAUCCGACUCAAAGUAAGAGGUGACAUGGCAAUAUUUUGGAUUUUACAAAAACUUUGCAUGCAACUAGAACAUUUGGAACUUCUAUUUUAAUGUUGAUUUAAAUUUGACUUUUUUAAGAUUUUUUUUUUUUACAAAACCUUUUAAAUUGAGAUUAAGAAAUAGUAUAGUUGUUAAUGAUACAACUAUUCGUUGAAUAUCAAAGGUCAAAGGACAAAGAUGUGAACAAUAACAGGUCAUCGUUACGAAUUUCAACCUAAAGCAAACGCAUGUCGUAUAGUUAGCUAUAAAAGGCCCCGAGAAGACAAUUCAAAAGAGAAAACCAAAGCCCUGAUAAUACUACACCAAUAAACGAUAAACUGUUAGGGCAGACAGACAACAACCAACGAUAAACACUGGAUAACAAACGCCUGGCCGAAAAUGAAUUAUCAAGAUUUAAAAACGUAAUAGUUGUCAAAACACUUAAGUAAAUUACCCUUCAAAUCGAGAUUUUUCUAAAAACCUGUACUACGAAUUUCUAUAAUAAUUUUGCUGUUGCUACCGACAUGUCUGCCUUUAUUGAUGGAAAAUUUGAUGAGAACUACAGACAAUUCUUGAUUGAGUCAGUAGAAUGAGUGUGUGCGUGCCCAAACAUUUACACUUGCUCCAGAUUAUCUCUAGAUAAUACUGUUCGGUCAUCAGUGAACGAAAGAACUAUUUCUCUUUCCUUUUCAUAUGACAUUACUUGAAAAACCCAAAGCCUCAUAUAUCUUGUAACAUUAACAAAACCGAAAUGUAGUAUUCAAUAUGUAGGGCAAACUGGACGUGAAUUUUUCAAACGAGCACAAGAACAUCUACAUCGCUUCCGCAGACUUAAGAAAUUCAAAAGUUUAAUUUACCAGCAUUUAGAAAAACACAAACACAAUAUCAAAAUUAUAAAAUUCCAAUCAUUUCAAACCGUCCAGAAACAACCAGGACAAUCACAUAUACAGUUUGAAGAUUCCCGUAAACUUUGCGAACUUUCUUGGAUUAAACGACUACAGACAGUGUAUCCCCUAGGUCUAAAUGACAAUAUCAUGGGCCAAGGGAACAUAUCUAAAACUUCCUCUAUUGAUAUCAUGACUAUUGUUGAUAAAAGACAAUGCAAUAAUAGGUCUCAUGGCAAUCGCAUUAACGGUAAUCAACGAAAUAAACAUCGUUUUAAUUUUA